AUGGAAUUUCUGAUGAGCGUCGCUCGUAUGCUCCUAACCUCCCCUCUUCUCCUACUGGUCUCCGUCUUCGGAGUCCUGAUAUUCUAUAUUUCGGUCAUAGUAAUCUACCGCCUAACUUUACACCCUCUCGCCCGCUAUCCCGGGCCCCGUCUCGCCGCCAUCACCGACAUCUACCUAACCUACUACGCCUACCGCGGCUCGCGACACCUCUGCUUCCACCGCGCACACGAGCGCUACGGUCCCUACGUACGGAUAGGCCCCAACACGCUCUCCAUCAAUACCGUCACCGGUCUAAAAACCAUCUACGGGUUCCGCGCCAAUGUCCGCAAAGCUGACUUCUACACAGCUUUUCCUGCGAACAAGAAGACGGUCAAUGUGCACAGCAGUAUUGAUAAGAUGCAGCAUGCGCGGAAGAGGAGGGUGAUGAGCCACGCAUUCUCGGACAGCGCGAUUAAGAGCCUGGAAAGGUAUAUCCUGGCGAACGUGAGGACGGCUUGUCGGUUGCUGGGCGAGUCGAAAAAUGGUGCCGGUGUAGGCGAACAGAAGGGGGAUGAGAAAGGAUGGAACGAUGCCUGGAAUGUGGCGAACUGGUGCAACUGGUUGGUCUUCGAUAUCAUGGGGGACUUGGUGUUUGGGAAGGCGUUCGGGAUGUUGGAGAGUCCAGCCAAUCGGUUCGCGGUCGACCUGGUGGGGAACGCGGCGCAUCGACAUUUGAUCUGCGGAACCCAUCUUACGAUCCACAAGUGGCACCUUGAUAAGAUACUGUUCCACAAGAUCGCUGCUCAGCGCGGCCAGUACAUGCAGUAUAGCAAGUCGCAGGCCAUGGAGAGGACCAAGCUGGGCGUCGAUGUCGACCGGAAGGACUUCUUCUACCACCUACUGAACGCCAAAGACCCGGAGACCGGGAAGGGCUUCAGCAUGGAUGAGCUGUGGGGCGAGUCGAAUCUUUUGAUCAUCGCCGGAUCAGACACCACAUCCACGGCUAUGGCGGCAACGUUCUUCUACCUGGCCCACAAUCCCACGGCGCUACAGAAAUUGUGCAAAGAGAUCCGCGAUACUUUCUCUGACGUCGAGGAGAUUGUAUCGGGACAGAAGCUGAGUGGCUGCUUGUAUCUUCGCGCCUGUAUUGAUGAGUCAAUGCGCAUGACACCUCCCGUUGCUGGCGCACUCCCUAGGCAAGUCCUGCUAGGCGGCAUCGACAUCGAUGGGCACCACAUCCCAGCAGGCGUUGACGUCGGCGUCCCGCAUUAUGCCAUCCACCACAACUCUAACUACUAUCCUCGCCCGUUUGACUACGUUCCCGAGCGUUGGCUAUCGGAUUCUACUGCCAACCCUCUGCAUGCAAAGCUCUCGGACGCGCUUUCAGCCUUCUGUCCAUUCAGUAUUGGUCCAAGAGGAUGCAUCGGCAAGGGAUUGGCGUACGUGGAGUUGACUGUGACGAUUGCGAGGGUAUUGUUCUUGUAUGACCUGAGACUGGCUCCAGGGACCACAUUGGGAGGAGGAGGCAAGGACCUGGAGGUUGGAAGGACAAGAGCGACAGAGUAUCAAAUCGAAGAUAGGUUUGCGAGUAUGAAGGAUGGGCCGGUAUUGCAAUUUCGGGCGAAGAUUUAA